ACCGAGAUAGGUCAAGUGCAUCACGACACAUAUAGACCUCGAUGGCGGCAUGAGAACGAACGACGCCGACGCUUUUAUCAACCCCCCACGCCCCGGCAAGACACUGCUGCGAUAGCGAGCUCGAGGCCAACCCUGUCUCUUUUCAUUCUUCCUCCCAUCCUCAAGACUCUGGGACUUGCAAGGCAGUAGAGAAUGGCACAAGACGCGAUCGAAGAGACGACGCCGCUGCUGACUGCGCGUCCGCCAGCGACACCGCUGCCGAGGUUGCAGCUCUCGAUCCUGCUGCUCAUGCGGUGUGCGGAACCAGUCGCGUACACGGUCAUCUUUCCAUUCAUCAACGAGAUGAUGGAGGAAGUCACGCAUGUGCCAAAGAGCAAAGUCGGGUACUACGCUGGCCUUGUCGAAUCUGUAUUCGCUAUGGUCCAGUUCUUCACAGUUUACCACUGGGGUGCACUCAGUGACCGCCUGGGACGGAAGAUCGUUGCGCUCAUCGGCAUCGUUGGCGCUAUGCUUUCGGUCGCAGCCUUUGGUCUCUCCACAAGUUUGCCCAUGAUGAUCUUGACGCGUUGCAUAGCUGGUGCGAUGAACGGGAAUGUGGCAAUCGUCAAGAGCAUGAUGGCUGAGAUUACGGACGAAACCAACCAAGCCCGCGCCUACUCCCUCAUGCCCGUUGCAUGGGCUCUCGGUGCCACUGUUGGCCCUUUGCUUGGUGGAUACCUAUCCCACCCAGUCGAGCGUUAUCCGGAAUGGUUCGGCGGCAACACAUUCCUGGUCAAGUACCCGUACUUCCUGCCUUGUUUUGUGGCCUCGCUCGUGAACCUGCUGGUCAUCAUCAUUGGAAUUAUCUACUUGGAAGAAACCCUCAUCCACCACCCGACAAAGCAAGCGCCCUCUGAGGCGCCCACACUUAGCGAUGGCACACUCACCCCUGUCAACGAAGCCGAAAAUCCAGCCGGCGAGAUCGCCAUUGUCACCGAGGGAGAGCCGAUGCCAGCCGCCCCCACCGACGCCGAAUCGCAAGAACCCGCACCCGAGAAGCCGUCGAUCUUCACUGACCAGAUCGUCCGCGUGCUCAGCAUCUCGUUCUUCAUGUUCUUGUUGAACUCGAGCUAUCAAGCCCUAAUUCCACUAUUCUGCUACUCUCCAUACGAGGCCGGGGGCAUCGGAUUCCCUCCCAGUUCGAUCGGUCUCCUCCUCUCCGUCACCGGCGUCGCCGCCAUGUUCUCGCAGGCGUUCCUAUUCCCCAUCGUCGAACGCCGCCUCGGCCCCGUGCGCACCUUCCGCUUCGCCAUGUCCGGCCUGCCCUUCAUCUACGUCGCCCUCCCCGUCGCACACUACCUCGUCCCCCUCGGGCGCUCGACCGUCUGGACCGUGCUCGCGUUCAUGAUCGUGGCGAAGACGAUCGGGCACAUGGGCGUGGUGUGCAAUAGCAUCCUGAUCAACAACGCCGCGCCGAGUAGGGAGUCCCUGGGGCAGCUGAAUGGCCUCGUGCAAUCCACUGGUUCUUUGGCGCGCGCUUUCGGGCCCGCAGGUAUCACCUCGCUCUUCGCAUUCUCGCAGGAACACAACCUGCUAGACGGCCAGCUGGUGCAUCUGGUGUUGAUCACGGUGCGUGGGCGAUUCGCACGAUUUUUGGUUACUGUCCAGAGGGAGCUGCAUGGCGGCGCCACAGACAAUCACUAACGAGCAUCCUGUAGAUCGCUCUCAUCGCCUACGUCUUGACCGGGCGGCUGCGUGACGUGCGCGCGGCGUGGAGGCAGAAGCGGGUGUGAUGAUUAUUGGUGUGGUAAUUUGGUGAUAUAUAGACUGUACGGCAAGGGCGUGCUCAACAUAGACAGAACAAAGGGCUGAAGAUGCAAUGAACUGCGAGUCAAGUCGGGAAAUCUUCUGAGGCA